AGGCCAUGGCCAAACAUCAUUUCCCUGACCCACCCACGACAUUUUUCCCUUUGUAUAAUUUUUCCCCGGCCUCUACCUGCUUAGAAAAUGUGUUUGUGACCUCAGCGCUCAGCCUUGUUGUAACUAUGAAAAAUAUGACAGAGUUUACUAUGUGCUACUAGUUCAUUAUUUUCGUUCUGCUUUGGGUAAUGGAAGUUUGAAGUUCUUCUUCUGGACGUCUUCAGUUUCAGAUGACCAGUCAAAAUCAUCAUAUUUAGACAUCAGAUUAACAUCUUAAUCAUUAGAUUAUCUGCAAGAUGUUUGAGAAGUGGGCUGACAGCGACGGUUCCUCCGAUGAUGACAUGCUGGUCAUCUCAAAGCCCGCUGCGCCGAAGCCAGGAGGACAAGGCAAGCAGCCGCUCUCGUCAUGGGACCCCAUGUCAAAAGUUGACAGGCUUGCCGCGAGAAGGAAAGCCGAAGAAGAGAAGAAACGGGCAGCUAUAAUCGGUUCAGACGACGAUAAAUCAUCUGAUGAGGAGCGUGCGAAACGGCGGAAAAAAGGCACAGGGAAAGGCAAAGGAGGUGCUUUCAACCUUUUUGACUCAGCACCAGAGCAGACGAAAAAGGCGUCCUCAGGUCUGCUGAGCUUUCUUCCUCCGCCGAAAACUGCUGGAAGUAACGUGAUUGCAGUAAAGGCGAAAACGUCGGCAAAUGGUAGCUCAUCGAGUGCAGCAACUGCGGCAGGUGGAGCUGCCGCUGCGUCAACUGCACCCUCAUCUGUGGGUGCUUCAGGGGGCUUUCCAUCGUCAUCGUCAGCCCAGGGCAUCAAUAGGAUACUGCCGACCGGUAUGCUGUCGAGAAAAAAAGCAAAUUCUACUAGCGUUUGCGCGACUGCCAGUGCCAAGGUAGCGGCUAGAAAUAUAUCUAGAGGACCUGCAGACUAUGAUGACAGUAGCGACGAAGACGCUGGCGGUGACGAAAAAGCAAUGUUCACGACAAAAGAGAUAGAUUACUCGAAAUAUGCAAAGCCGUCAGGAAGCAGCUCUGCUGCUGGUACACAAUUUCAAUUGAUCGUGAUUAGAUCAUUUAUCUUGUUCCUCGAUCUAGGACGGUACUAGAACUACGGCAAGAACAAGACUUCAACCUAAUAUUAGAGCUAUUGACGUGACUACGUAAUUGUACUAAUUCUACAGCAUCCACUACUACGUAGCUCGAAUUACACAAUGAACAAAACCCCAUCCCUAACCUUCUACACAGGUAGCGAUAGCGUAGCUGCGCCAGAUCUUUCAAAUGCAGCAACGAGCUCUUCGGCAGGAGUUCUUGAAGGCAAUCUUUAUGUGGACCCUGCAAAAUUAAAGGCCGAAUUCUUGGCUCAGUACGGAGGUGCCGAAAACCUUUCGAAGCAGGAGCUCCGGGAUCUCGAGGAGGCGUUCGAAAUGCAACAACGCGGCGGCGCCGUCAAGACGCUCGACGCGUCUGAGCUGUACAACGAGAAGUGGCUGGAAAGCAAUCCGGCCUACAUGGUUGAACUGCUCGAAAAGCGCGAUUCUGAGCGGGCAAACGACGCAAACAGCCUCGUCGGAUACCAAGUGCAAGCGGGAAGUACGACACAAGUCACGUCGACUCAAAAGCGGAAACAUCAGAUCACGUAUCUGGCAGCGAAAGCGCGCGCCACACAGCAAGAAGUCUCAGCAGCAUUCGGCUCAGGGCAUAGCGUGCGCAAUGAAGCCGGACAGAAGUACGGAUGGUGA